AUGAAUCCCAUGACUCAGCUCUACUACAAGAAGGCGACGUACUCGCCAUAUCGCGACCGCAUCCCGCUGCAGAUCGUGCGGGCUGAGGUCGAGUUGUCGGCGGAGGAGCGCGCCUACCUCACGGCGGUGGAGAAGGGCGACUACGCGGGUGUCAAACAUGCGCUCCGAGAAGCGGAGGUCUACUACAACAUGGACGUCAACUGUCUGGACCCGCUUGGCCGCAGCGCGCUGCUCAUCGCCAUCGAGAACGAGAACCUGGAAAUCAUGGAGCUACUUCUUGACCAUGGCAUUUACACUGGUGACGCCCUUCUCUACGCCAUUAGGAAGGAGGUGGUGGGCGCCGUGGAGUUGCUGCUGUCGCAUCGACGGCCGAGUGGCGAGAAGCAGGUUCCCUCACUGAUGAUGGACAGCCAGUUUUCAGAAUUCACCCCCGACAUCACUCCUAUCAUGCUCGCCGCUCACACAAACAACUACGAGAUCAUCAAGCUGCUGGUGCAGAGGAAGGUCACUAUUCCCAGGCCUCACCAGAUCCGAUGCGACUGUGUGGAGUGUGUCUCUAGUUCAGAGGUGGACAGCCUACGCCACUCGCGUUCUCGGCUAAACAUUUACAAGGCCUUGGCGUCACCCUCGCUCAUCGCGCUGUCCAGCGAGGAUCCCAUUCUGACGGCCUUCAGACUGGGCUGGGAACUGAAAGAACUCAGCAAGGUGGAGAACGAGUUCCGUCAGGAGUACGAGGAACUGUCACAGCAGUGCAAACGUUUUGCCAAAGACCUUCUGGACCAGGCCAGGAGUUCCAGAGAGCUGGAGACAAUUCUGAACCACCGGGACAGCGACCAGAGCGAGGAACUAGACCCCCGACAGUGCCAUGACCUGGCUAAACUCAAACUGGCCAUCAAAUACCACCAAAAAGAGUUUGUGGCGCAGCCAAACUGUCAGCAGCUGUUGGCCACCUUGUGGUACGACGGCUUCCCGGGAUGGAGGCGGCGCCACUGGGUGGUCAAGCUGGUCACCUGCUUCAUCAUCGGACUCCUGUUCCCAGUCUUCUCAUUGAUCUACUUGCUAGCUCCAAAAGGCGCACUGGGUCGCUUCAUCAAGAAGCCCUUCAUCAAGUUUAUCUGUCAUACGGCGUCCUACCUGACCUUCCUCUUCCUGCUCCUGUUGGCCUCGCAGCACAUCGCCCGCACCAACCUACACAUGCAGGGCCCGCCGCCCACCAUCGUGGAGUGGAUGAUUCUGCCGUGGGUGCUGGGAUUCAUCUGGGCAGAGAUAAAGGAGAUGUGGGACGGCGGCUUCACAGAGUACAUCCAUGACUGGUGGAACCUGAUGGAUUUUGCCAUGAACUCUCUCUACCUGGCAACUAUAUCACUGAAAAUAGUGGCCUACGUUAAGUACAACUCGUCUCGGCCCAGGGAAGAGUGGGAGAUGUGGCACCCAACUCUAAUCGCCGAGGCUCUGUUUGCCAUCGCCAACAUCUUCAGCUCGCUGCGACUCAUCUCACUCUUCACCGCCAACUCGCACCUCGGGCCCCUGCAGAUCUCACUGGGGAGGAUGCUGCUAGACAUCCUCAAGUUCCUCUUCAUUUACUGCCUGGUGCUGCUGGCGUUCGCCAACGGCCUAAACCAGUUGUACUUCUACUACGAGACCACCGCGUCCGAGGAGCCCAACAACUGCAAGGGGAUCCGCUGCGAACGGCAGAACAACGCCUUCUCGACGCUCUUUGAGACUCUGCAGUCACUCUUCUGGUCCAUAUUUGGUCUGCUCAACCUCUAUGUCACCAACGUAAAGGCUCGCCACGAGUUCACCGAAUUCGUGGGAGCCACAAUGUUUGGGACGUACAACGUGAUCUCGCUGGUGGUUCUCCUCAACAUGCUCAUCGCCAUGAUGAACAACUCGUACCAGCUCAUCGCCGACCACGCCGACAUCGAGUGGAAGUUCGCCCGCACCAAGCUGUGGAUGAGCUACUUUGACGAAGGAGGAACACUGCCGCCUCCGUUCAACAUCGUUCCCAGCCCCAAAUCUAUCUGGUACCUUCUCAUGUGGCUCCACAACAAGCUGUGCGGGCCGGGCCAACCCCCCGGGGAGGACCCGCACAAGUGCGAGAACCUGCGAGAGUUCACGGAGCGUCAUGCCGACAGCUUGAUACAGAACCAGCAUUACCAGGAGGUGAUCCGGAAUCUGGUGAAGAGAUAUGUGGCCGCCAUGAUCCGAAGCGCCAAGACGGACGAAGGCCUGACGGAGGAGAAUUUUAAGGAGCUGAAGCAGGACAUCUCCAGUUUCCGCUACGAGGUCCUCGAUCUCCUGGGCAACCGGCGUCCUCCUCGCCGACACUACUCUUCUUCCAGCGACAUGGCGCGUGACGACGGGGGCGUGGCGUCCGAGGACGACAGCGAGCCCGGCGACGCUUGCCAGAAGUCGAAAGGCGUGACUUUCACCGUGCCGCUGGAGGAGGACGACCGCCAGCCGACCCCUACGCUCGGAGUCUCCGCCUUGGUGCGCUCCAUUUCCGGGAUGAGCCGCGUGGAGCACGAAGGCGAGGAGGAAGGCGUGUGCUUCGGGGAGGAAGGGGAAGAAAAACCAAAGAGCAACGGUUUAAAGACCGCGGCGGUCCCGCCUCCCGACGCCCUACCCUCGCCGUUGUCGUUCUCCUCCUCGCUCUCCACCUCGCUCGCUCGCACCAAGAGCCGCCUUCAGCGGCUGUCGGCGCCGACGACCAAGGCGGACUCCUUCAAGCGCCUGUCUUUCCUUUUCUCCCGUUCUAAGCGCUCCGCCCUGCCCCUCCAAUCCCCGCCCUCCUACACCAUUUCCGACGGGCUGCUCCUACCGCGAGGGGGCCGCUCAGACUUGGGGCUGGGCCACGUGACCAGAAGCGAGACCCACCUGAACGAGGUGGGCCGCUCGGCGGACGCUUCCUUCUCUCCGCGGAGAACAAACGGACGUGACGCGCUCCUGACGCUGCCCCCGCCCCCUCCUUGUCCCUGCCAGUCGCUUCACUGCACGUCCAACAUGUCGGAAUCCAGCGCACGCCUCCUGGACUCUAGCGAGGACGUUUUUCAGGGCGGCGGCUUGGAAGCGGCGGCCGGAGGCGGGGUAAUGAUGAUGAUGGGCGGGUGGGUGGGGCCCUGCGACGACGUUAUCGAGGACAGCUGCGAGGUCGUGGAGGACUCGGUCAGCACACAACUAUAG